AGUGGGGACCAAUCCCAACGCACGGCGUUUCCCAGCACCCCCCGCGGGCGGAUUGUACACAAUCAUCAUGGCCGCCGCCUCUGCUUCCCCUGAUGAAGUUGAUGAACCUGGUAUGGAAAUAGAAGCUCAGAAACUGCAGCUCAACUGUGGAGAUAGUGGGGAAAGCAAUUCCGCUGCUGCUGGAAAAGUCUUGGAAAUGGACCAGCUACAAGAGGAUUCAGCCAUUUCACAGGCUUCAGUCAGCAACGGUGGUGAUUCCGAGACUGAGAAGGAUCUAGUAGAAUUAAAAAUCAUUUGGAACAAAAAUAAAUAUGAUGUGAAGUUCCCGCUUGACAGUACAGGGGCUGAUCUGAAAGAGAAAAUUCACUCUCUCACAGGCCUUCCACCCACUAUGCAGAAAGUCAUGUUUAAGGGACUUCUACCAGAGGAGAAAACAUUACGGGAAAUCAAAGUAACAAAUGGUGCAAAAAUAAUGGUUGUUGGUUCAACUAUCAAUGAUGUGCUAGCAGUAAAUACUCCCAAAGAAGCUGCUCAACAAGAGGUGAAAUCUGAAGAAAAUAAAAAAGAGCCACUUUGCAGACAAAAGCAACACAGAAAAGUAUUGGAUAAAGGAAAACCUGAAGAUGUGAUGCCUUCUGUUAAGGGUGUUCAGGAGCGCCUGCCAACAGUGCCCUUAUCCGGCAUGUACAACAAAACAGGGGGGAAAGUGAGGCUGACCUUUAAACUAGAGCAAGAUCAGCUGUGGAUAGGCACUAAAGAGAGAACAGAAAAAAUACCCAUGGGGUCCAUUAAAAAUGUGGUGAGUGAACCUAUUGAAGGACAUGAGGAUUAUCAUAUGAUGGCAUUUCAACUGGGCCCUACAGAAGCAUCUUACUACUGGGUCUAUUGGGUACCUACUCAGUAUGUUGAUGCAAUCAAAGACACAGUACUGGGCAAAUGGCAGUAUUUUUGAAAGCACGCUCACCUCUGGCACAGGAGACUGGCACAAAACAAAGGACACUGCUGGGAGAGGCCUCUGACAUCCCUGGAUGUGACAGUCCUGGAACUUUAUUAAUAAAAUACGAUAUAACGAGGCAUUGACGGAAGCCAGAGGUGAUGUUCUUUCACCAUUAGUUUACUUUUAACUUAAAAAUUUCAGCAUCCCUUUUCUGCAGUCAGCUUCAAUCAUAUUUAAAGUAAAUAUAAUGGAAAUCAAUAAAUCUUAAUGAAUAAAACAUUGUGUGUAAAACACUUAAAUCUGCUGAGAGUAGAUCUUCCAAUUUAGUUUUCAGAAGAAAAUAUUACAAUGUAUUGUUGAGGGUUUUUUACUUGAUUUGAACAAAAGACAAAUAUUUUCAUAAUUCUUCAGUUACAAACAGACUUAAUUUAGUUAUUUGGUUGUGAUUGAGAGUUUGAAACAGUUUUAAAAAAAAUUUUAAACAGUAUGCAAAAUUAGGGUUUUGUAAGCCAUAUUACGCUGGCCCUAUUAUUUCAGGUUUGACUUAUUUUAGUAGCAACAUUUUAACUUUUUUUUUUUUUUUUUUUUUUUUUUUUUACCCAAAGAUGCCCAGUUCCUCUGUUUUUUAUACCAGCAGCUCUGGGAUGAUGCUUGCAAUGUUGCAUAUUGGGAGCAGGAAGAUGCCACUGUAGACUUUCUGUAGCCAAGAUGGCUUGGUUCUGCUUAUAUCCCAUUUUCAUGCAAUUUCAGUCAUUCUUUGUUGCUUGCAUAGCUCUGCCCCUGUGUCUCUUUCAGGGGGAUUCUGUUUUUAGGGGCAUCUUCUUUACCUUUUAUGUUGGGGUCCAAAAUCAUAUUGCAGUGAAGUCCUAACACUGACCUAGCUGGUUGAGUUAGUAUUGAUUUUUCAGUCUGCACUCUGCAAAGGACUUCUGGAGUCAGUGCACUGCAAUUGUAACAAAGAUGAUGCUAAAGGAAGUGAACCAAAGAGACCUUCCUGUUAAUUAUUGGGAUAAGCUGGCCAAGAUGCCACUUGAUUUGGCUACUGCAUAAGUAGGGUAGAAUAGUCAGUCCUAUGUGAUCUGGGUUUGAAAGGUCCUAGUAAUAUAGUUCAGUGAGUCUUAUGAAGUUUUGUACCUGCACCCAACCACUGGCCUUUAUCUUUAAAGGGUAAAGAUGGUAAGGCUACAUUUCAGCUUUUCUUUCCUCAAGUUUCCAACAGAUUUUUCUAAUUCUUUACCCGAGUUCUUUUUGAAGUAAUGUUCCUCAUCUGUGGCUCAUGACAUUUUGCCUGUUAACUGAGCAGUUAAGUUAAAGUGCCAUUUAUCUCAGGUUUUCUGAGUGGACCCUUUCAGUCCUGGAGAGGUUCACACCCUUAACGGAUUGUAUUGCACAGCAUGGCUGAAUCAGUCCUGCUAUCCGUUUAACCUACAUAUAACAGAUCACUGUUCUGAUUUUUAUCUCCUGUUUUU